AUUCGUAAUGAAGUCUUAUUGAGUUGUCUUAAACAAUGUUCAAUCCGAAUUACAAAGAGGACAUUAGAUACGCAACUAAAUUAAAUCGUUGGUUACUUAAGCCAAUAGGUAUUUGGCCAAAAUCCGUGGAAACUUCAUGGAUAGAAAUCAUUAUUUCACGAAUUGUUAACGCGCUAUGUAUCUCCUUUAUCGGGUUUUUUUUUAUCUCGAUGAGUCUUUAUCUUAUCAUAGACGUGCAAGACAUACAUGUCAGAUUAAAUAAAAUCGGUUCGCUUACUUUUUGCAUAAUGACCUUAACGAAAUAUUGUUUAUUAAUAGUGCAUGAGAAAGAUAUACGAUACUGUUUGAACUACAUGGAAAUCGAUUGGAAAAAUGCAAGAUGUAACAAGGAACGACAAAUCAUGCUCGAUUGGGCAGAUUUUAAUCGUCGUCUUAUUCUUAUUUCGGCGACUUUCGCCUUCGGGGGUGUAAUCAUUUAUCGACUGACAAUACCAUUGGUCUCACCAAGAAUCGUUGUAGGUAAUUUGUCCUUUAGGCCAUUAGCAUAUCCCAUUUCCAAGUUCGUCAUGGAUACUCGUCAAAGUCCGAUGAACGAAAUUAUGAUCUGUUUGCAAUGUUUGGCCGGUCUCAUCAUGAGCGCAAUUACGGUUGGAUCUUGCAGCAUGCUUACCGUAUCCACUAUGCAUGCCUGUAGUCAACUGAAAAUUUUAAUGUCCUGGUUAAAUUAUCUCGUAACAAAACGACCCAACGAAACUAACGAUGCCGAGGAAAGAUUGGGCAACAUAGUUAAACGACACGUACGAAUAUUAAGUUUCAUUUCAUUUAUACAACAAUUUUUGCAAAAUAUUUCUCUCGUAGAAGUAUUAGGAUGUACGAUAAACAUGUGCAUGCUUGAAUAUUAUUUAAUCAUGGGAUGGCAAAAUGGCAAUCAUAGCAUAUGUUCAAUGCAAAACAUUACUUAUACAACCUUAAUAUUAUCUUUCGGAUACAAUAUAUUUAUAUUUUGUUACGUCGGUGAAAUACUCGCCGAAGAGUGCAAAAAGGUAGCUAAGGAAGCCUACAUGAUCGAUUGGUAUCGACUUAAAGGACGAAAAGGCCUCAGUCUCUUAUUAAUUAUCGCUAUGUCUUCAUCGUCAAACAGAUUAACCGCUGGAAAAUUCGUCGAAUUAUCGAUCAGCAGUUUCGGUGACUGGGUUCCUGCAGUCUGGUAGCCAUUUGCUCUCUUCAUGCCUGUGGACAACUGAAAAUCUUAAUGCACUGGCUAAAUCAUCUUGUAAACGGG